AUGUCCAAUCCAGACUACGCCGCCUACACCAAGACUGUUAUCGACUCGAUUGGCCCUGGUGCCAGCCCGCGGGCCAAGGUCGUGUUCCCGAUCCUCAUCAAGCACUUGCACGCGUUCAUGGUCGAGGCUGACAUCUCGACCGAGGAGCUUCUGGCCGCAUGCGACAUGCUCGUUGGUGCCGGCAAGGUAUCUGAUGAGCGCCGCAACGAAGUGUUGCUGGUGAGCGACACGCUCGGAUGCGAGAGUCUGUGCGAUACCCUCGACUCUGCUCGUGCUGCCAGGGCUGCCGACAAGGCCGCGGCCGGCGGGGCGGACCCGGACAGCCCCGAGGCCAUUGGCUGCUCAGCCAUCAUUGGCCCCUUCUACCGCACCGGCGUCCCCGAGCAGCCGAACGGUACCUCAAUCAUCCGCCACCCCGAGCCCAACGCUCCCUAUACCUUUAUGCACGGCACGAUCUUUGGUUCGGACGGCAAGCCGCUGCCUGACGCGUUGGUCGACAUCUGGCACGACGCCCCCGAUGGACUGUACGACGCCCAGACGCCCGAAAAGCCCGAGUAUCACUGCCGAGGUCGCUUCCGCACCGACAAGGACGGCAAGUGGAGCGCCAUCAUCCUCAAGCCCACACCUUACCCCAUCCCUUACGACCACCAGGCUGGCGACAUGCUCAAGUUGAUGGACCGCCACCCGUUCCGCCCCGCACACGUCCACCUUUGGAUCCACCACCCCAAGCACCGCUCGUUUGUCACCCAAAUAUUCAACUCGGACUCCGAGUACCUCAAGGACGACGCCGUGUUCGCCGUCAAAGACAACCUCAUUGUCGAGUACAAGCCCAUCUCAAAGGACUACAAGCAGCCCCACGGAAUCGACGGCGAGGUCAUCUACGAGCUCAAGCAGGACUUCCGCCUCCCGGCCGCUGUCUAA